AUAGCAAAUAUUAAACAAAAAGAAUACACUGAUCAUUAUUUCUUCCUUAUUUGAAGGACUUCCCCUUUAAGGAAGAACAUCGCCAAUUCGACAGCCCGUUGCCACGACGACCGUAAUGUCAACAUGUCCGGCGAAGUAGCACAGCUUAAGGAAAUUAGACAGCUAAAAGUCAACAAGAAACAAGAAGCAGGGUUCCUGCAGGACAUGUUGCCACUGCAUCUAAUUCGGGAGCUGCAGAAACACAGUGCUGAGGAGCUUCUGCAUAAAAUGGAGAACAUUCUGGGCUUUACAAACCAUCGUACCUGUAUCAAAGAGGCUGUUCUCUUUCAUUACUAUUUGUCUGGAUUCUCAUGGGCUACAGAGGUCCAGUUUACCCAUACGCAGACCUGUUUCACCAUGGCUGUGCUCCACAUGCUGCUGAAAAACCUAACAGAGAAACAGAUGAAUUCAGUGGAUAAUAUGGUGGCAUUUAUGGAAGCCAUGGCUGCUGCCUGGCACCCUUCACCUUCUGAUGAAGAUACAUGUUCAGUUCUGGACAAUGAUGAAGCUACAGAACUGAUAGGCUAUGUUACAAAAAGUCUGAUCCUGAAAAACAGACUCUACGGAUGUCUCUUCACCAUAUCCACACAGAGUCAUCUGACAGGAAUGGAGAGGACCAUGCAGAGGUUAAAUGGUCAAGAUACAUUUACCCCACUAGAGGAAAGUAUUUUCAUCCACUUGUCCUACAAACUAAACCAAAGAAAUUGAGAAGAUGUCAUGGAUUUAAAGUUUUACAUAAGUUGAAUAAACAUAUGUAGACUUUGUUUGGGUGUCUCAAAAUAUAGAGCUGGCUAGAUAUGCUCAGAAAUUGCUUUACAAUAAACAUAUAAUUUUUUGAGCUUCAAGUCUAGUGUGACGGAUCGGUCUUUGUUGCUCACAUUUCUGAAUGCAAAAUUCCUGAUAUUCCUGCUCCAUUUAUAAAAGAAAUAUCAGGUUUCUUCCCAAACAUCUUCAGAUAUUAAUAAUAUCCAGGACCAGUGAAUUAAGUAAAUGCCAUGUUUGUUACUGGACCGGAACGCAUAUGAGCUCGGGAGUUGCAUGUUGAAAAUUAUGAUUAUUAAAGAUAGCAGGCUUGUAGAAUCACAGAAACCAGAACACAACAGGGAUAAGAUCUGAAAAGAGUAGCAUGAUGGAUGACGAUGAAGGACCUGACGAUGUGUCUAACAGCGUGGACUGAACUUAAAGGAGAAGAGAUGAAGGGAAAUAAUAGGGUGAUAAUUAGGUGCAGGUGAACUGAGGGAUACAAUCAGGCUGAAGGAAAGGAGGGGCAAUGAACUGGUGGGUGCAAGGAAUUGACAUAACCUAACAUAAAAAAUAUAAAAUGGCCUGACAUUGUUAAAACCCAACUAAUAAGGAACAGAUGUAACACAUAUGUAAUGAUCAGAACUGACACACCCAAAAUUCGAACAGACAAGAGAGAGUAGCAGAUUUACACAGUUUAUUGGAUGUGUACUGCCACGGAUCGUAGAAUUCGCCAGCUUUGGGAAUCAGAGCCACUGGAAUCAGAGAUGCUAGGUUGGUGACCAGUAUUUGCGGGUGAAACAGUUCAAUGAUAACUCGGUCACUAACCUUCUCAUAAAACGAAGUCCAAGCUGAGACAACUCUAGGGGAGUCCUUCCAGGGACUGGAAGUGCGGUAGUCGGCAGGCAGGCAAAGGGUCGGAACCGUGGUGGCAUGGACAGGAGAUCCCAGGGGAUAAUCAGAGUCUGUAGUCCAUGAGCAGGGUCCGGGUAAGAGCUACGUAAUCCGAGGUCCAAUUAUGAUCUGAGACAGAAUCCAAAGGCAGGGUCAGGGCACAAAAUCAGGUCAAGUAAUCUGGUGGGCAAAUCAUGGCCAAACAGGAAUGAGGCAGGCUCAGAGAAUCAGAAGGCAGAUCAGAUCAGACAACAGGCAAGGAGUCAAGUCCGACAAGGGCAAGGCAGAAUCAGAGAA